CUCGGUAUACGAGCUACUCACGAUUUUAAAGACGAUUAUUUCGUCGAUCCCUCGGAAGGACCUCGAUAGCGUUAGCGUGACGCCAUUGUUAUCGUGGUCACGGUGUUUAGAAAACAAGAUGGCGGACACUGUUGCUUCUUUUUACCCAUAAAACCUUCAUAAUAUGAGCGGUGGUUUGGCCCCUAGUAAGUCUACUGUAUAUGUAGGAAAUCUUCCAUACUCGCUGACCAACAGUGAUCUACAUAAGGUCUUUGAAAGAUAUGGAAAAGUUGUUAAAGUAACAAUCUUGCGUGACAAGGAGACGAGGGAAAGUAGGGGCGUGGCCUUUAUUCUCUUCAUCGACCGGCAGUCUGCUCAAAAUGCUGUGGCCGCUGUCAACAAAAAGCAGAUGUUUGGUCGCACAAUUAAAUGUACAAUAGCAAAAGAUAAUGGGCGUGCGCCAGAGUUUAUCCGGAGAAGGGACUACCCGGAUAAGUCUCGGUGCUAUGAGUGUGGGGAGGGGGGGCACUUGAGCUAUGAGUGCCCAAAGAAUAUGCUCGGGGAAAGAGAAAGGCCACCAAAGAAAAUAAGGAAAAGGAAAAACAAAAAUGACAGACAAGAUGUCGAUUUUAACGAAGAAGAGGAGGAAGAAGAGGAGGAGGAACAAGGGGAAGACCCAUACGAGUCCAGUCUCAGCGCUGCCAUAGAAGAAGCGGCCCGAUUGGCGGCCCAAAACGAGGCUGACCGUGCUGCAAAGGAAGGUCCUGGGGGCAAAAAGCGACGAAUUGUCAAGAGUUCGUACCUAAGCGACGAAGAAGAGGAGGGAGACUAAGGCUAGUUACGUGUUGAAAAUCGAUAACUCAUGUGACCUGAAACCGCUGACCUUCGAGUACUGAGAGCAGACAGUAAUGACGGUAGUUAAGUUUGUUGAUGAAAUAUCGAGAAUUGCGAAUGGCUAGGAAUAUCCUUGUGACUAAUUUAUUUUUGUGAUUCGGACAGCGUUAGAUAACGUAGUGUACUCGGGCAAAGCCCAUCAUUAUCAGGACGUGUAAAGCCAGUCACAGAGUGUACAAAACAUGUCACAUUCCUUGACUAAGAAAGACCAAUCUACAUUUCCGGGAGAGCAACCGUGUACCGGUAUAUUGGAAUGUCGCUAGCUUACCUGUAGGCUUUAGAUGCUGUUUUCGGCGAGAAAAACCCUCGAAAACCCGAAAUCGUAGCUCCUGACCGCCAUCUUGGAUUCUAGUAACAAAAGAUGAGGCGCCGGAGGGGAGGGUGGGGAGGACACAGGUACCAUACAGGUAGGCUAGAAUGUCGCUAAUCAAAAUAAAAAUCAAUUUUUCCAGAACCGCGUGGUGCUGGAGACAAGUCUUUUUAGACCGUAGAGCAUGAUGGAUACGCACAGCAGUGCAUGAUGGAUACGCACAGCAGUGCAUGAUGGAUACCCCGUUAGCCAUUGGGCUUUGUGAAUAAUUAGAGAGCAGAUGACGUUUCAUUUCCCUGGUAAAUAAAACCAUUUAAAUAUCGUUGAAAGCUAAAAUAAAGUAAAAUAAAGUCUCGGCUUAUUUUUUA